GGCUGAAAGCGCCCUUCUUUCUCUCUCAGCCUAUUGUUCAAAAAAAAAAUGGAAGAUAGAAAGCUGUUAAUAAAAAUUUCGAGAACGAAAUUAAAACAAGCAUCGCUUUUAUGGGCGGAUGGUUUUAGAGAAGCUUGUUGUCUUCACAGAGUUAUCGUUCUUUGUCGCAGGUCGAGACAGCUCUUAAUUAGAACCGGACAGUGUUUUCUUUUAAAUGGCUUCAUUUUCUUAGGAAGUUUGUUUGUCCUAAACUCUGUUGUUAUCCCAAUACUACGAUGGAUAUUGCCUGAUCAACGCUCGCAGAUCAGUUAUGGAGGAACGUCUGCAUUUGAUGGUGUCUUAAAUUUUUAUUCCUUUUUACGUGGGUUACUCGUACAACUAUUUUAUGUAUUUUGGUUCUAUCCCCUGUACGUCUUCAGCUUUAUUCUGAGCAAUCUCUGGUACAAUGACAUUGCUAAGCAUGGUUUCGCUGCAAUGGGAAGAUCUGGACCUUCUGUGGUGGAAUCCUCAAAACAGAAGAAUGCAUUGAACUCAGACAGCAAAAUGCAUGCAGCAAAGCCUGCUGGUCUCGGAUGGAUCAUGAUUGAAAUAGGGGAGCAGGUAUAUUCGGUGCUUCUUUUGAGUUUCUUUUUCUUGGAGGUUUAUGCCACAGGAUUUAUACCCUAUGUUGGAAAGGCACUCAAUUUUCUACUUCUUUCUUGGAUGUAUGCCUAUUACUGUUUCGAGUACAAGUGGAACUUUUCUGAAUGGGGUCUGGAGAAAAGGCUAGACUUCUUUGAAACUAAUUGGGCAUUCUUUGCGGGUUUUGGAAGCCCUUGCGUUCUGGCAAUUUUCUUCUUCUCACCUCUUGUGAGCUAUGGUGUUAUGGCCAUACUCUUUCCCCUGUUUGUUCUGACUGCAACAGGCACAGAGGCAGAGCAAGUUAUUUCCACUCAAAAAGGAAAAUGGAGUGGUGCAAAACUGGGGAGGCUUCCAGUAUUUUAUGCAGUCGACAAUUUACUGAGGCGGGUCUUGUCCCUCUUGCCAGUGGAAUCUCAAAAACAAGCACUAGACAACAAGUCACUUUAACAAAUUCUGGCUUAUGCUCUCACAAAUUCUUGAUAGAGAGUCCAUUUCUGCAAGGUAGGCAGAAAAGUUCUUGGACCUUUUAUCUCUUUUGGGAUGCUCUUGCAUGUACCGAACCUUUCAUUGGAGCAAAAAGAUUUCUUUCAUUAUUACCAUCACCUAAUUAUGUUGUGUCUCUUAAUCUUGUUACUCAUCUAACGAAACAGGUAUGAAUGUUUUGACUGGCAGUUGCCCUGCUUUUCUUCACAACACUGCAAUGGCUCAGCAUCAUAUCAUUUUUCUUGUAUCUUUGUGUACAUAAAAAUAUGCAAAAAUGUGCAUUCUGCCCCUUCCUAAGAUUAUCAAAAGCGUGUACAGUAUUUGGUUUAUAAUAAACAUUGAAUUCUUCAAUGUCCUUAUUUUUUAUGCAUUGAUAGUGAAUAUAAGACGAGUUAUUAUUCAA